UAGUUCCCUCUCCUGUCCUCCGUAUUAUCACUUGUUCCGAGGACGUAUGAUUGUGUUGUGCUGCCCGCCGUCUCUCCGUGGCGCAGGACAAGACGGUCGCCACGCCUUCAGGGACGCACUUUACCACGGCGUCAGCUCUCCAUCUGUGUCCGCUGUUCACCGGCGGAAACCUGUCCAAAGCCAGGACAUUUAAAGCCAUUGACACACAUUUUUUCCCACUUACACCAAUCAGACUGUACCUUUGGAGUCCGGCUCUACUUCUCCCUGCUGCUGCCAGUUGAACAGGCUGUUUUGUAAAACUGUUACUAAUUUGGGAAUAUCUGGAACGGCGGUUUUAUUGAUUUGACAUCGAAUACAAGUCGGUCAAAGAUGGGGAUUAAGGUGUAGUGCUGACAGGAAUGCCCCAGACUGUGUGCUCAGGCACCAUGUUCACCACCCCCAGUGGCUUCAGCCCCCAUCUGGCCUGUGCUGAGCCGGAGGAAGAAGAGGAUGCCCCACAGGAGGGCCCGGGGCCUGGUGCUUGCCUGGCCGAUGGGCCCCCGAUCACCUCCGCCUCCCUCGACACCCUGAUCCAUAACCUGGUGCCCACUGCUGAUUACUACCCCGAGAAAGCCUAUGUGUUUACCUUCUUGCUGAGCGCUCGUCUGUUCAUCCCUCCUCCGGAGCUCCUUUCCAGGGUGUGUGAGCUGUGCAUCAAACAGCAGCAGCUGGAUCAGAGCCCACUCGAUACGGCAAAAGUGCGCAAGUUUGGUCCCAAGAUCCUGGAGCUGCUGACAGAGUGGACAGAGACAUUCCCGUCUGACUUCCGGGACGAGAAGAUGGUCGGACACUUUAAAGACAUCGUCCACAGGAUAGCUCCGUGUGAUGAGGCCUACUGGAAAACCUUGAACCAGGUGUUGCAGAAGCUCAGCCAGCGACUGGCCCUGAUUAGCCAGGGGGAAGAGAGGAGAGGAGAGGUUUCCCUCAACGCCUCCUCCAUUUCUGACAAGCUGGUGGCCUUUAAAACCAAGCCUCCGCCCAUCCAGAAGGACAUGCUCUCCAUCUGCAAUGACCCAUACACACUGGCACAGCAGCUCACCCACGUCGAGCUGGAGCAUUUGAGACAUAUUGGGCCGGAGGAGUUUGUCCAAGCCUUUGUUCAGAAAGACCCACUAGAUGGAACCCAGCCAUGCUUCAGUGACCAGAAGAAGAAAACCUCCAACCUGGAGGCUUAUGUCAGGUGGUUCAACAGACUGUGUUACCUGGUGGCCACUGAGAUCUGCAUGCCAGCAAAGAAGAAGCAAAGGGCCCAGGUGAUCGAGUUCUUCAUCGAUGUGGCAAGGGAGUGUUUCAACAUUGGAAACUUCAACUCCCUCAUGGCCAUCAUCUCUGGUAUGAACAUGAGUCCCGUGUCACGUCUGAAGAAGACUUGGAAUAAAGCCAAGACGGCCAAGUUCUUCAUUCUUGAGCAUCAGAUGGAUCCUACAGGGAACUUUUACAACUACAGGACAGCUCUGAGGGGGGCCGCGCAUCGCUCUCGGACUGCCAACAGCAACAGAGAACGGAUUGUUAUUCCCUUCUUCAGUCUGCUGAUCAAAGACAUUUACUUCCUGAAUGAAGGAUGUGCCAAUAGGCUGCCCAACGGCCACGUCAACUUUGAGAAAUUUGUGGAGUUGGCACGGCAGGUCGGGGAGUUCAUGACCUGGAAACAGGUGGAGUGUCCAUUCGAGGAGGAUCGGGCCAUCCUACACUACCUCCACACUGCUCCCAUCUUCAGCGAGGACGGACUUUACCUUGCAUCCUAUGAGAGCGAGAGCCCAGAGAACCAGGUAGAGAAGGACAGAUGGAAAGCACUCAGGUCUAACGUUCUGGGAAAGACAUGAGGCACUGACGGCAGCUGACCCUCCCGCCAGCAAGGGAGCGUGUGUUCUCGUUGCACUAAAAUGAACUGUGAAGGAACCUAGCUGGUACUUAGGUGUUUUUCUAUGAAGAAAUGGCGGGGCGGAGGGGAGAAACACGAUGAACAGGAUUCAUCAAGAAGAGUGGUUGGAAAAUGAAAAACAACAAAUCACAAAAAAAAGUGAAUUGAAAAACUUAAGCUAUGGAAAUCGGAGCAAAAUGCCUAUCAGUGAUGAGGUACGUUAUGUUGGAGAGGGAUACAGCCUUUCCUCCUUCCUUCCUUCCAUGUGUGUUUACUCUGUGCAGAUAUGUUUACUACUAUAGAGAGUACAGUUACAGGCAAAACCACUUUACAAUAAGAAAUUCCUACUGAUUGUUGUUUUGGUAUUUGUUCCCCCUUUUCUCUCUCUCUCUCUCUCUCUCUCUAUAAUUCUCUUCCCCUUUGGUCCAAAAGCCUUGUUAAAAAAUUUAAUUUUGCUUUUUUUUUUCUUUACUUGUAAUGUACUGUAAGAAUAUUAAAAUAAUGUGAAGGGCGCUGGAUAGCCCUACACGUACUUUUAUGUGUGCGAGUGUGCUUGUGAUCCAGAUGUUCAUGCGUUCAUGUCUGUUCAGAUUGUCCCUGUCUUGUUUUGCAUGAGAAUGACUGAAGAAGCCUGUCUAUUGGUCAUCCCUUCUUGUAUUUUAAUUUAUUGUAUCUUAUUUUAGGCGGGGAUAUAAGAACUGUUUAAAUAGUGUUUUCUACUUUUAAAUGUAUUGUGCCAGUAAUGCGAGACAACUACAAUAUAGCUUAACAGUCACAAUGGGAGAUAGGCCACAUUGAUUGUGUACAGGUGACGUUUACCCCUCUUCUUUCUGCUCUUCAGGAAGUUUUUUCUGACUGACGUUCAGUUGUCUGAUAUAUUUAUGGAGAUUCUGUGCUGACAGAUGUAUAGUUUUUAUUGUAACUUUCCUUUACUGAAUAUGAAGUCCAACAGCAUGCUCUGACAGGUGUUUUUAAAGGGGCAUUACGUGUACCAACCUUGUAAAGAUUACAACAAAGGACAAUGGUUAAUUAGAUCAUAGUCUAUGAAGUAAAGAGGGAAUUUUGUGCCAUACGAUUCACUGGUUGUUAUGACAAUUCAGGUUCCUCUGACUUAAAAUGUGUUGUUUAUCGUUUUGUGGGGAUUGUCACAGAACUUUGUUUUUGGCGGUUUUGUUGUGAUUCGGGAGCCAUUUUUUUAAAUGGUGGGUGGCGGAAGUAGAGGAGGGUUAUGGGGAACUAUGUAAUUAUAAGCUUUUUAAAAAACAGUCUUAAUAAGUUUUCUAUAAUUGAUUGAUGUCAGUGUUUUCUCUUUAGAAACACCUUUCCCUCUCACUAACAAACUGACUUUAAUUCUGCUUCCUCAUUUGUCAUCAAUAAACUCGCUUUCCCUGUAACACGUUCGCCAGAUAAGUUAAGACGAUAGAGAGCCAGAGAUGUGAAGUCAAACCUGCCCUUCAAGGUGAACACCUGUUUUAAUAAAACAUUGCCUGCCA